AGACCGUCAUAAUUGGCCGCACUUUGCAGCUCGACGCGACCAUGACCAGAGAGCUAAUUGUUCUUCUCCUUCAAAUCUUAGCUUUCACUAAGGCUCAAGAAGAAACCGUCUGUAAGGAUGGGGUACAGCAAGAGAUAGAAGUACCGCCGACUCCUCCACCGUUUAAUUGUGAAGACCUGGAAUGGCCUGGAGACGACAAGACAUUCCUUAUAACUAAAGCUGAUCCAGAAGAGGUGGAGUUCGUGUACAGAGAAAGAUUCACCUUAACUUGCAAAGUUUGCACAAGACCUGGCUACAACGUGACUGUUACAGACUUGAAGUGGUCUAAACAAGAGGGAGAAUUGUCACCAGAAGUCCGCGUUGGGGUUCUUGACCUUACUUCUCGGCCUGCAGAAACUAGUCUCAUCUUUAGUAUUCCGGAUGAAGACGAUGCCGGGGUAUACAAGUGUACCCCUAGUGCUACUCUGACUUUAGAGUUGCCACCACUAGUAGUGCCGCCAGAGCCGGUGCCGGACGAGAAUGGUCAGAAUAAUAACACUAAUGGUGAAGUACCAGAAGUAGUACCCACUGUCAAUGGCACCGAGCAAACUCCUACAACAGUGCCUCCUGUCCUUAUUCCACAGUACGAAACGAAAGUAUUGGAAACCGAUAGCUACAUUGCUUAUAGCGUUGUAAAAGAAGCUGACGCUUGUGCAGGAGACGAUCCUCGAUUUUCUAUUCCGCUAGGCAAUGGCAACAUGCUAUGUUUCUCAGUAGACGGUAAAGGUGGCGAUAUCUUCAAUCUCAUAUCAGACACGCAUCUCUCCGUCAACGUUAAAUACAUCGAUGGAACGGACGAUUACUCUGUCUGGAUGGGAGAAUUGGCAUUCGUACUCGACAACGGUUGUAAGGUACGAGUGAACGCGGAUCCAGAGUCAGUGAGAGUUGAUCAUAUGGCGGUGGAUAAGAAAUUCUACGAUGAAGACGUACAAGUCGACGUCUACGCGGGAGAUUACGUUGCAGUCAAGUUCAAGAAACUCCAGGUUGAGUUUCGUGCCGAGUUUAUUGACGGACAUUUGAGCUUCUACGUCGUCAACGACAAGGGAUUUUCACCUCGCGUUCAUGGCCUCAUUGGACAAUUUCUCAAUUCUAAACACGAAAUCGUUGAAGCUGAAGACGGUCACAUCUUCGGUUUACUCAAACUUCAAGGUAGAACAAGAGCUCUACUACUGCAACAGAAGAGGUGGCCCUACAUGCACGGGCACAAGGAGGCAACGUGCUGGGGUAUCCAAGGAAAGAAUCCCAAAGGAGCCAUUGACUGGUCUCAUUCCAGCUACAAGUUGAUGUCUCUAUGUCAAACAAAACGUCGUAUUCUCACCCGUCCAGUGUUCAAUGCGGUAGACAAUACUUUGUAGAUUGAGCAAACAGUUAGUCAUUUGUUCGAUCUUUCUGUGUAUGUCGAAUUUGUCAUUUCUGUUGCUGUGUGCAUUGAUGUAGUUCAAAGUAGUGUGAAUUGACCAUUGGGCAAUUCUCAAUACACGAGAAGCAAUACUGCAA